GGGGCGGGGCCGCACCUGCCGCUGGGUCUGUCGCUGCUGCGCACCUAGGCCAGGUAAACUGCCAUCCGCCGUGCGAUUCUCAGGUCUGAAAGCAGGUGGGUGACAGUCGUGACUCAGACACGUGGAGGUCCUGGCCAGGUGACACGCACACACACACCCACCUGCAUACAGCAAGCUAGUCCAUUACAGGGGACCGCCAGGAAGGAGGCUAACUGCUAUCUCCUGAGGUCAGAUCCUUCUUGGAGCAUGUCUGCUGCGUCCCUGAGUCACCACGGUGGCCCCAGAACGGGUGAAGGUGGUCCGUGGACCUGUCCCUCCCAAGCGGUGUGAGGCAGAAUUGCUCUCGUCUUGUAUCUAGGAGCUCAUCCAGCACUCUGAGACUGGCCAAGGUUGCAAGGCAGCUCUCUGGUGUGCAGCCAGUACUGCUGAUGGCUGACAGUUACUGGUUAACUCGUCCUGUUCCUGUUUAACUUGUGCCCUGGGGAUGGUGACAGCCUCUGACCUCCAGGUACCCUGUUCAUCUGGCUGAACAGACAGAAAGGAGUUCUUCUCAGCCUUCAGUGGACCCAUCUGCUCGGUUAAGGAGUCCCCGUGGAGCGAGGGGUGGAACCAGUGGACAGCCUGCCGUGAAGAGGCCCUGGACGAGCCAUGGCAGGUGUCUGUGACAGGGCCCCUAAUUUCCUCUCCCCAUCUGAAGACCAGACCUUGGGACCUGCCCUUGGCAGUACAGUUGCUUUGAAUUGCACAGGUUGGGUGGACUCUGGGCCUCAGUGUCCCCAGCCCUCAGUACAGUGGCUAAAAGAUGGUCUGACAUUGGGCAAUGGAAGUCACUUCAGCCUCCAUCAGGACUUUUGGGUCAGCGCCAACUUCUCAGGGGUCGUGUCUAGUGUUCUGGUGCUCAACUUGACCAAUGCUGAGGACUACGGGACCUUCACCUGCUCUGUCUGGAAUGUCAGCUCCCAUUCCUUCAUCCUUUGGCGAGCUGGCCCUGCUGGCCAUGUGGCUGCAGUGGUGGCUUCCCUCCUUGUCCUGCUGGUUCUGCUGCUGGUGGCCCUGCUCUAUGUUAAGUGUCGCCUGAACCUGCUGCUUUGGUACCAAGACACCUAUGGGGAGGUGGAGAUGAACGAUGGGAAGUUAUACGAUGCCUACGUGUCCUAUAGCGACUGCCCGGAGGACCGCAAAUUUGUGAAUUUCAUUCUGAAGCCUCAGUUGGAGCGGCGUCGGGGAUACAAACUCUUCCUGGACGACCGCGAUCUCUUGCCGCGAGCGGAGCCCUCUGCCGACCUCUUGGUGAACCUGAGCCGUUGUCGGCGCCUCAUCGUGGUUCUUUCAGACGCCUUCCUGGGCCGGGCCUGGUGUAGCCAGAGCUUCCGGGAGGGACUGUGCCGCCUACUGGAGCUCACGCGCAGACCUAUCUUCAUCACCUUCGAGGCCCAGAGGCGUGAGCCUAUCCAUCCUGCUCUUCGUCUCCUGCGACAGCAUCGCCACCUCGUGACCCUGCUGCUUUGGAAGCCUGGCUCCGUGACGCCUUCCUCUGAUUUUUGGAAAGAGCUUCAGCUGGCACUGCCACGGAAGAUGCAGUACAGGCCGGUGGAGGGAGACCCCCAAACCCGACUACAGGAUGACAAAGAUCCCAUGUUAAUCGUGAGAGGACGUGCUGCGCAGGGCCGGGCCGUGGAGUCAGAGCUGGAUCCAGACCCUGAGGGAGACCUGGGUGUCCGUGGACCUGUCUUUGGGGAGCCACCAGCUCCACUGCAUGAAAGCAGGGUCGCCAUAGGAGAGGGCCAUGGCAGUGAAAUGGAUGUCUCUGACCUUGGCUCUCGAAACUACAGCGUGCGAACGGACUUCUACUGCCUGGUGUCUGAGGAUGAUGUGUAGCCCUUAUCCUAGCAGCCCAGAUCAUGGGAUCAAGGCGGCAGCUCCCAGGGUAGAGGCAGGUACCCUCUCUCUCGGACACAACCCUUGCCUGUAUCCCUGUGCCUCUCAGGGAAGGAGUGUGGCUCCGGGGUGUCACAAAAUAAAAUUCUCUUGGCUCUUG